GCGUACAUACUCAGGAGUGAAAGAAGAGCUCCCAUUUUCGAGUGCCAUCAACGCCAUUGAAUCGCUCAGAGCUUCGUAAAGAAGCCGUCCAUGGCGUCCAAAUCCCUAGAUCCGAGGCGUGCUAUCGAGAACUGUAUAUUUCACCUCCACAGUUGGAGACCCUUUCAGAUUCAAUCCAAAACCCUAGGAUCCGACUCGCCUAAACCCUAUGCUUCUCCUCCCCAAGGCAAUGCCUUCUUCAGCAAGCGACCCUGCCGCGCCGAUCGCGCGACGGCGUUCCCCGUCGACGCCCUCGACAUGUCGAAGCUCAGUCUGUUCGAGGAAGACCAGCCUUUAUCGGUCCGAAAACGGGAUAGGACCCACUGGAUUGCUGGAAAGCGUCGACGUCGCGGAUCCAGGUCGGUCUCCGGCAGAAGCAGCGAGCGCAGUGGGACCCGGCUGAGGUGCUGUUCCGUCGGGGCAUCCGCCGCCUGCGGCACCUGCUCUGAUCUUCCGAUGGCUCCUGGGACGGAUACGAGCGGGGAGCUGUUCGUGAAUGGGGAUGUGAAUUGGGCUUCAGAUGCGAGCGAGGCGGCUGCAGCAGCAGCAGCUAGACCUUCUAGGAGGGAGAGGGAUUGUGGAAUUGCAGACAGGGAGAGUUCAAGUGGUAGUGCAUUGCACAUUGGCAUUGCCGAGUGCCAAGGUAACGAGUCUGGUUACGGAAGUGAACCAGGGUAUAGAGGUGAUGGGGAGAUAGGGUAUGGUGACGAGAUCGACGAAGAAGAAGAAGAUCAACGGCUCUUAUUCUGGGGCCACGAGUUUGGAGCAUCUAAAGCAGAGAGGAUGGGCAAGAAUGCAGCGCAAAAAGCUCAUCAUAGGUGCCGGCGCAGGAAGCACGAAAUCAAAAUGGUUGAUCUUGCGAGAUAAGAAAAGCUUCACUGCCAAAAUACUUGUAGUAAAGUUGCCUCAAAUGUCACCACCCCCCCACCCAACCUUAUUAUUUGGGACCAUGAUACAGUGACACCAAGUUUGACACCAUUGAUGGCACCACGCCACCACUGUCUCACAAACACGCACACAUAGUCAUUAUAUGUGUAUAUGUAGCCGCACAUACAACUUAUGUAUGUCCAUGGCUUUGUAAGAUACAAUGGUGUCAAACUCUGGUGUUAAAAAUGGCGUUUUCCUAUUAAUUGUGGGGUGUACAUAUAGGCUCAGUCGACGCAACCCAUGCGGGCAGUGUGUCCGGGCCUGGGCCAAGCGCUCGAUAGAUGGGCCUGUGGACACAGGCCCCAUGAGAGGCCCUAUUAUACUCCAUAUGUCU